AUGCCUCGGAGUGCAACCCAUUUCUUGGAUCUCCAACACCAGGCUGAGCGUCUAACCCAGAUUAACCGUGACAGAGCCCGCGAGCUAGUAAGGAGCAUCGCAAAAGACCAUGGGUACCUUGGAGAAGAUGUCUACGCCCAAAUGUCGCCAGAGGUGCGACGUGAGGUUGAGGAAGCCAUGCUUAAGAAGGACGAGAUGAUCGGGUCCUCAGUGAUCACGCUGUCAAAGAAUUUAUAUAACAGCAGCGCCCGGUUUGUAUUUGAAUUAUUACAGAACGCCGACGACAAUACAUAUUCCAGAGCCAGAUCACUGUCUGCUGUUCCCUUCGUUACCUUUCGUGUCUACCGCCGGCAAAUAGUUCUGGAGUGUAACGAGGACGGUUUCACGCGACAGAACCUAAUAGCAAUCUGUAAUGUUGGGAAAAGCUCAAAGGCAGGAGCACAGGGAUAUAUUGGUGAAAAGGGCAUUGGGUUCAAGUCAGUGUUUAUGGUGGCAUGGAAAGUUCGCAUUCAGUCGGAAAACUUCUCGUUCUAUUUCCAGCACAGGAUGGGAGACUCUGGGAUGGGGAUGAUAUCUCCUGUCUGGGAAGACACAAAUGAAACAUUGACUCCGCCUCUGACUCGCAUUACUCUUUUCCUUCAUGAAACCGAUGCGGACGAGGUUUUAUCUAAACAACGUGAGACAACCCUGCAACAGUUUCGAGAGCUCCAAGCCACCUUUCUGCUCUUCAUGAAGAACCUUCGCAAGAUCGAGAUUGUGAUGUACGACGAUGACAAUGAGGAAGUUACAUCCACCUUGUUUUCAAUGGAACACCUGGAUCAAAAUCGCGUGAAACUGAAAAGGACAACGGUGGAGGGUGGAACUGUCCAGGAAGAUACACGACACUACCACGUAACGCAAGAUACUGUAUACAACCUAGCGAAGAGCGAAAAUCGCACAUAUACGGAGACAGAGCUUUUUAGCCAUGCGUAUUCAAAAGCUAACAUCGUCUUAGCUUUCCCUUUAACACAGGACUCUGUUCCAAUCAUUGAAGCACAGGAUGUGUUCGCCUUUCUCCCCAUAAGGAACAUGGGCUUUCCAUUCUUGAUCCAGUCUGAUUUUGUUACCGAUGCAAGUAGACAGGAUAUUGUCAGAUCAUCACCUCGAAAUAUCGGGAUACUUACAUCCAUCGGGAAGGUCUUUGCGAAAGCAGUGUCACAAUUCUGCGAGCACCCAACCCUGCGCUACCAGUGGAUGCGAUAUCUUCCGGCAGAUAGAGAUUAUUCUCGGGAUAGAUUUUGGAUGACAUUAAUCGAUGCGAUUCGCGGCUCCCUGCAAAAUACUCCAACGCUUUGGACGAAAAGUCAUAAAAGUUUAUGCUUCAUUAAAGAUAUGCGACGAGUGCGCUCCCGAAUGCUGGACAGAAAUGGCCAGCCUCUAUUUCCAGAUCUUCAUACGGAAGAGUAUCUCGCCCCCGAAUAUCUAGCAAAAGAUUUGGACUUACUAGAAAAUUAUGGGCUUUGCUGGUUGGGGUUAAAAGGAUUUUUCGCUAGGGUUCGCAAAGAUCUUAACGAGGAAUCUUCAGUAAUGAAGUCUCCUAAUACCGACGAUGACUGGCAUUCACGAGUUGCAAUUAUUCUACAUGAUGCGUUGCCUAAGUGGCCUAAUACAAUAAACGACUUGGCGUUGAUCCCUCUAGAAGGGGGCGAAUGGACGUCGGCAAGCGACACUGAUCUUCCGAUAUAUUCUCCUUAUGUGAAGGGAUACCAAAUCCCUGGAAACCUAAAGCUGAGAUUACUUGAUUUGAAAGCCGAAAAAAAUUAUUGCCGAAAGCGACUCUUUGGUCGUCUUGGCGUUCAGGAACAAGAACUGUCUGACAUUCGAAAUCUUAUCAAUGUUCAUCAUGGUAGAUGGAAUGUUCGCGCGCAUAAUAUUUGGAAUAACUUGGCGUUUCUUUAUCUUACAGCCCACCUUGACCGGGAGAAUGACCAUGCACUUGCCUAUGGUAACAUUAAACUGAUUGACCACAUAAACAGGAAACGAUCACCAGAGGAAUAUACUUUCUACUUUCCGGAUGAAGACCCAUAUGGCGCCCAGCAGCUCCUUCAGCCAGUGGUCUCGGGGGGGUUUCGUAAUAUUGCUGCAGCUCUUAACGCGUCAUUCCUUCAUGAAGAUUACAUGCGUGUUUGUCCAACACAGCCGGAGGGGGAAGAUCGUACCUGGAAAACUUGGUUAAGUGAAGUACGGAACGUCCGUAGUAGAAUUCCACUGACUCGCAAUGGGGAGCUGAGUGAAGAAUGCCUUUAUGUGGCCAGUCAUCGGCCAGAGAAAUUUUUAGGCUUCCUUGUAAAGUAUUGGCAAUCCGAAGGAAGUCAAAUCACUAAAAGUCCUAUCCUGGUUGAGAAGCUGCUAAGCCUUGAGGUGCUUUGCGAGAAUGGCAAUAUGUAUCCACUCGGGAAGACAUUCUUGCACAACAAGAAAAACGACUACGCGGACAGAUUUCUCCAGGAACAUGAAUUUUUCCCAUGGUUAAAGCAAGAUGCUUCGUUAGGCGAUGGCCGAGGACUGUCCGGCUUGGAUGUCGUGACAAGUGCGCUAGGAUUUGGGUAUCCCAAGUCAGAGCUGGAGUUCUACCUUACAAUUCUGCAGUUCAUUAGUGAUGCAAACAAGGAUGCUUCGAAGCUGAUAGACGCUGGUAGAGUUUACGACCUCUACAAACGAAUCGAGGCAAGGUGUCAUGAGUCCGUGACUCCGGAUAUUUCCCGUGACACAGUUCGGACAACUUUCAAUUUACAUAGUCUUAUAUAUCUUCCUGCUUAUGGUGAUGAAGAAACUUGUUGGACUUUACCGGAUUAUUGCCUGUGGGAGGCUCCUGCAGACAUGAAUGUCAAGUACUCUCUAAGAGCUGCAUAUGACCAGGUUAAGGAUACAAAGUACAUCAUCGGGUUCUUCCGAGACACCCUGUCAAUACCAGACGCUGGUGUGUACGAUUUCUUGGACGAGUUGGCUGAGGUGCAAGGUGGUGGUCCUGAUAUCUUUGAUCAUGUCUACAAUAUAUACCAGGAACUAUAUAAGAGGCGAACAGAAAUGGACAGCGAUGUCGCGAAUGAUAUCCGGGAAAAUUUUGAACAUCAUGAUUUCAUCUACUACGAGGAAAACAAUACAGUCAAUUGGUAUAAACCGUCUCAGUGCUUGUGGUCGACCGUAACGGAUAUCAAGGGAAAGGUACCGCUAAACGACCUCUACGAAGAUCUGUCUGGAUUUUUUACUGAGCUUUUGGGUGUCCGCACCUUGACACUUGAGAUGGUUUAUGAUAAAUUGAUUGAACAAGCAGCAGGAGGAUCAUCUGUCCAUGAUAUUAAAGAGACAAUUCAGCUGCUAAAUUCAUACAUCCAUGGCCAGGAAGUGCUUCCAAGCCCAAAGCGGCUAAUGGAAAGCAAGAUAUUUCCAGUGAGAUAUCCCAAUGGGUCCAUAGAAAUGUGCAGUUCGGCGGUCAGUUUCGCUAUAGGAGACCGCAAGCACUUGUUAGACUUGUUCUCUGGCAAAGCCAAAUUCCUCGACUUUAGCCUCAACAAUAUCCUUCGACUAGAGCCAUUCCUCCGGUGGGUUGGGCUUGGGGCGCGCUAUCUAUCAUCAUCCGUGAAAGAAAUCUCUGCCCUCUGUGGCGAGCCUCAAAGAUCUCUCAUUUCAUCAUAUCGUUGCAUAGCUCGAAAAGCACACGGUUUGCUUCGAAUUGCGGUUCAUUUCAACAGUCCUCGAGUUAGACAGGACGAACAAGCCUUCUAUGAGCUACUUAAGAACAUUGAAGUUUGUGAGACGGAUGGAAUUAGCUCCGAGUUGCAUCUGAACCAGGAUGGGAAUGAUAUCAAGGUUGAAAUCAGCAGGAGUGAGUUGCACUUCCAGGAAAACCAUGCUCGGCUCACGAUUUACGUACCGCGUGAUGAGAAGGAUCGGGAUCUAUGUUUUCUUGACAGAUUACCCAGGGAACUUCUAGAAUGGAUAAUGACCGAGCCAUCCACUGGCAUUUGUGAACAGUGGAGUGAGAAGGCUCUAAAUGUUUUAUCCACCGUUCUACAAGCACAAGAUAAAUAUGUUGCUUUGACCCUCGAUAGGUCCGGCAUUAUGUCUGUUGACACGCCCGACGAUUCGUCCAAUGCUCCCAUCUCAGAUCAUAUAUCCUCCGAGCACGACUUUGCGCUAGAGACGCCUCGUCAUCGCGGCGGGAACAACUCAAAUUGGGACACAUUAAGUUCAACUGUCUGUGAAUCAUCUGCCGAUUUGGCUGAUGUCGAGGAAAUCACUACCACAUUUUCAAGAGCGUCGCGCACUCCUUCGCAUCCCGUGAGUCAUUAUGCAUAUACUCCACAACCUACACCACGCCCGCGGGCAUCCUUAUCACCCGCUUUCCAACCUGCAGAUGACGUGGACUCGGAGUACCGUGGACUUCUUCACAGUGUUGUUGCGGCGGCCAGAAGAUUUAUAUGCCCAGGUAAAAGUCCUUUCGAUAUGUCGACUCUCAGUCAGUCCCUUGAUCCAUCUGCCCUCGAUGCGCAUGACGAAGCUUUCCGGCUGCGGACAUUGGAAAAAAUUGAACGCGACAAGAAGAUUGGUGCGGCGGGGGAACUUUUCGUGUUCGAGGUAUUAUCUCGCCUGGACCCUCCUCUACGGGGCUUUUCUCUCGAUAAUUGGCAGAGCACCAUUCGGAAAUACGUGACACUUCACGAUGACUAUACCGAUAUAGAGCCGUGGAAUGGCCGAGAGGUGGCAGAUCUCAUAUAUAACGACACUGAUGGCUUUUUCACCUGCCUGCUAAUUGAUAAGGGGUACUUAAGCUCAGAGAUGUGGACAGGGAAGCGACCUAGAUAUUACUUUGAGGUGAAAUCAACUACUUUAUCCUGGGAGGCUCCAUUUUAUAUGAGCAAGUACCAGUACCGAAGGAUGCAAAAUAAUUCCAAUGGUUCCGCAAACCAGGAAAACCCCGAUUCCCACUCCGAGUACUCGGACGUCGUCUACAUCAUAUUCCGAGUCUACAAUUUAUCCCAGGACUCGAUAGGAAUGAAAGUCUACGUAGAUCCCGAAUUGAUGAGGCAGAGGAAUGAGCUUGCAUUUACCGCAGAGACCUGGUCGAUUUUGCCUGGAACUCAUGUCCGUGGUUCUGAAGGCUAA